GCGGAGGGGCGGCGCUGGGGGCGGCGGCUCGGCGGCGGCAACUUUUGGGAGCCGGCGGCGGCAGCGCGGAGGCUGCGCGGGGGAUGGCGGCGGCCAGGCAGCGGCGGCGCUGAGGCAGCGGCGGCGGCGGCGGCGCGAUGCCGGCGGCGGCCGGGGGGCUGCUGUGGUGGAGCUGCUGCGUGCUGGCGGCGGCGGCCGGGGCCCCGCGGGCCGCCGCGGCGGCGCAGGCAGUGUGUGCUGGCACUGAGAACAAGCUGAGCUCCCUGUCUGACCUGGAGCAGCAGUACCGCGCCCUGCGCAAGUACUAUGAGAACUGUGAGGUGGUGAUGGGCAACCUGGAGAUCACCAGCAUCGAGCACAACAGGGACCUCUCCUUCCUGAGGUCUAUCCGAGAAGUCACGGGCUAUGUGUUGGUGGCUUUGAACCAGUUUGAGUACCUGCCCCUGGAGAACCUGCGCAUCGUUCGUGGCACCAAGCUCUACGAGGAGCGAUACGCUCUGGCCAUUUUCCUUAACUACAGGAAGGAUGGCAACUUCGGACUCAGGGAACUUGGCUUGAGGAACCUGACAGAGAUACUGAAUGGAGGGGUGUAUGUUGGCCAGAACAAAUUCCUCUGCUUUGCAGACACCAUUCAUUGGCAAGACAUCGUGCGUAACCCCUGGGCCUCCAACUUCACUCUGGUUCCAACGAAUGGCAGCUCAGGAUGUGGUCGUUGCCACAAGUCCUGCACAGGACGGUGCUGGGGACCCACAGAGAAUCACUGCCAGACUUUGACCAAGACCGUGUGUGCAGAGCAGUGUGACGGACGCUGCUACGGGCCCUACGUCAGCGACUGCUGCCACCGCGAGUGCGCCGGGGGCUGCUACGGACCCAAGGACACCGACUGCUUCGCCUGUAUGAAUUUCAAUGACAGUGGUGCUUGUGUCACGCAGUGCCCCCAGACCUUUGUGUACAACCCCACCACCUUCCAGCUGGAGCACAACCACAACGCCAAGUACACCUACGGGGCUUUCUGCGUCAAGAAGUGCCCGCACAACUUUGUGGUGGAUUCCAGCUCCUGUGUCCGGGCGUGUCCAAGCUCCAAGAUGGAGGUUGAAGAAAAUGGCAUUAAGAUGUGCAAGCCCUGCACUGACAUUUGUCCUAAAGCAUGUGAUGGCAUUGGGACAGGGAGUUUGGUGUCAGCUCAGACGGUGGAUUCCAGCAACAUUGACAAGUUUGUAAACUGUACCAAGAUCAAUGGCAACCUUAUCUUCCUUGUCACUGGGAUUCAUGGAGACCCGUAUCACACGAUCGCUGCCAUCAAUCCAGAGAAAUUAAAUAUCUUCCAAACAGUGAGAGAGAUAACAGGGUAUUUGAACAUACAGUCAUGGCCUGAGAAUAUGACAGACUUCAGGGUGUUUUCUAACUUGGUUACCAUUGGUGGGAGAGCUCUCUAUAGUGGCCUUUCCUUGCUCAUCCUGAAGCAACAAGGCAUCACUUCCCUGCAGUUCCAGUCCUUGAAGCAAAUCAGUGCUGGCAACAUCUACAUCACAGACAACAGCAAUUUGUGCUACUACCACACUGUCAACUGGACCAGCCUGUUCAGCACCCCCAGCCAGAAGACAGUGAUCCACAGGAACAAAAGGGCAGAGAACUGCACUGCUGAUGGCAUGGUGUGCAACGAGCUGUGCUCCAGUGACGGCUGCUGGGGGCCGGGGCCAGACCAGUGCCUGUCCUGCAAGCGCUUCAUCCGGGGCAGGACCUGCAUCGACUCCUGCAACCUCUACGACGGGGAAUUCCGAGAGUUUGCAAAUGGCUCUGUGUGUGUGGAGUGUGAUCCGCAGUGUGAGAAGAUGGAGGAAAACAUGAUCACCUGCUACGGGCCGGGACCUGACCACUGCACAAAGUGUUUCCAUUUUAAGGAUGGUCCAAACUGUGUGGAAAAAUGCCCUGAUGGCUUGCAGGGGGCCAACAGCUUCAUUUUCAAGUACGCCGAUGAGGAUCGGGAGUGCCAUCCCUGUCAUCCCAACUGCACCCAAGGGUGUAGAGGCCCAGCUAGUCAUGACUGCAUUUUCUAUCCAUGGACACGGCAGUCCACUCUGCCACAGCACGCUAGAACCCCCCUGAUUGCUGCUGGAGUUAUUGGUGGCCUCUUCAUCAUCGUCAUCAUGGGCCUGACAUUCGCCGUGUACGUUCGGCGCAAAAGCAUCAAGAAGAAGAGAGCGCUGCGGAGGUUCCUGGAGACUGAGCUGGUGGAACCCUUGACCCCGAGCGGCACGGCGCCCAACCAAGCCCAGCUCCGCAUCCUGAAGGAGACAGAGCUGAAGAGAGUCAAGGUCCUGGGCUCUGGUGCCUUUGGAACAGUGUACAAGGGGAUCUGGGUCCCUGAGGGAGAAACAGUAAAGAUUCCUGUGGCCAUUAAGAUCCUUAAUGAAACCACUGGUCCAAAAGCCAACGUGGAGUUUAUGGAUGAAGCUCUCAUCAUGGCUAGCAUGGACCACCCACACCUGGUGAGACUCCUGGGUGUCUGCUUGAGCCCCACCAUCCAGCUGGUCACUCAGCUGAUGCCUCAUGGCUGCCUCCUGGAUUAUGUCCAUGAACAUAAGGAUAAUAUUGGUUCCCAGCUCCUGCUGAACUGGUGUGUCCAAAUAGCUAAGGGAAUGAUGUACCUGGAAGAGAGGAGACUCGUCCACCGGGACCUGGCAGCCCGUAAUGUCCUGGUGAAAUCACCAAACCACGUGAAAAUCACUGACUUUGGCCUGGCCAGACUUCUGGAAGGAGAUGAAAAGGAGUACAAUGCAGAUGGGGGCAAGAUGCCAAUUAAGUGGAUGGCUCUGGAGUGCAUACACUACAGGAAAUUCACCCAUCAGAGUGAUGUGUGGAGCUAUGGAGUGACCAUCUGGGAGCUGAUGACCUUUGGUGGGAAGCCAUACGAUGGAAUCCCAACUCGAGAGAUCCCCGACCUCCUGGAGAAGGGAGAGCGCCUGCCCCAGCCCCCGAUCUGCACUAUUGAUGUUUAUAUGGUGAUGGUGAAGUGCUGGAUGAUUGAUGCUGACAGUCGGCCAAAAUUCAAGGAGCUGGCUGCUGAAUUCUCUAGAAUGGCUCGAGACCCUCAGAGAUACCUGGUAAUUCAGGGAGAUGAUCGUAUGAAGCUCCCAAGCCCAAAUGACAGCAAGUUCUUCCAAAAUCUUCUUGAUGAAGAAGACCUGGAAGAUAUGAUGGAUGCUGAAGAGUAUCUUGUUCCUCAAGCCUUCAACAUUCCUCCUCCCAUCUACACCUCCAGGACAAGAAUUGAUUCCAACAGGAGUGAAAUUGGACACAGCCCUCCUCCUGCCUACACCCCUAUGUCAGGAAACCAGUUUGUGUACCGGGACGGCGGCUACACUGCCGAGGUGCCAAUGCCAUACAGGGCUCCGGGCUGCAUCAUUCCCGAAGCCCCAGCUGCUCAAGGGGCCACAGCAGAGAUCUUUGAAGACUCCUGCUGCAAUGGCACGAUGCAGAAACAGGUGGCAACCCUGGCAAAAGAGGACAGCAGCACCCAGAGGUACAGCGCUGACCCCACCGUCUUCAUUCCCGAGCGGGUCGUGCGGGGAGAGCUGGAUGAGGACGGGUACAUGACACCGAUGAGAGACAAAGCUAAAACAGAUUACCUGAACCCAGUGGAAGAGAACCCAUUUGUUUCCCGCCGAAAGAAUGGAGAUCUCCAAGCUGUGGACAACCCAGAGUACCACAGUGCUCCCAACGGGCAGCCCAAAGCAGAGGACGAGUACGUGAACGAGCCGUUGUACCUCAACACCUUUGCCAACACCUUGGAAAACGCCGAGUACCUGAAGAACAAUUUGCCAGAGAAAGCCAAGAAGGCAUUUGACAACCCAGACUACUGGAACCACAGCCUGCCCCCGCGGAGCACCCUCCAGCACCCGGACUACCUGCAAGAGUACAGCACAAAAUACUUUUACAAACAGAAUGGACGGAUCCGGCCCAUAGUGGCAGAGAAUCCUGAAUACCUCUCCGAGUUCUCCCUGAAGCCUGGCACUGUGUUGCCCCCGCCGCCCUACAGACACCGGAAUACCGUGGUGUAGUGGCUGUGCUCUCACUGAAGUGGAAAGGCAACCCCUUCUAGCUGCCUCACUCGUACCCUCUCGCUCCCCCUUUCUCCCUGCCCUUGACCCUCCUUCCUCCCUCCCUCCCUCUCUUCCUCCCAUGAGCUUCCUCUUCUUGCCAGUUCACUCAUUUUUGAUAUUUCUAAGUGAAAGGAUGUCUUGGAGUUGGUUGCAGAUUGGGUUGGGAGCCUGGAAGGAAGGAAGGAAAGAGACUGAAAGAAGGAGUGUACAACCUGGCCUUUCCCACUUUCGGCAGACGCGGGGGUUGGAUGCCCAGAGAAGCCAGGUGGUACUAGGAAAGGCCAGUGGCAGUGCUGCUGUUGAGCUCAUUCUCAGUGAUUCAACUGUAGGGAAAGCCACAGAAAGGCUGAUUCUUUCAGCAGGAACUGAUGAGAGUCUGUACAGCAUUCCUGGAAAUCUCCAUGCAAUUUCCAUCAGGGUGAAAAAUGGACAAUUUUUAUAUCCUGUGUGAUAGCGUAGUAAUUGAGAUUGAGAAUCCAAUUUCUUUCUCUAACACUUUCUAUCCCAGCAACUGAAAAUGGCUAACAUAGCUUUUCAAAAACAUUCAGAUCUUCAUUGUGGCUUUCCAAGAAAUGAUGAUGUGACUCCCACAUACAGCUAAGCCCCUCUUCUGAGCCACUCCAUGAUUUUGUGCCAAUUCCCAGCCACAGAGACUCCUGCUCAGAACUGGUACCCGACAUGACCAUUUUUGUAUGUGUGCCAACACAACAAUCACUUUAAACACAAAGCACCUUUCAGAAGAUAGCAACAAAACCACACCUCCAAUAUGUUCAUUUGAAGCUAAAAACCAGGCCAAGAAAUGAAGAUUUGUAUGCCAAAAGCUUUGCUUUCCUGUUUUAUACCUGCUGACUAUGAACACUUCAAAAGAUUGUCGCUAAUUCUUCCCUAAUUUUUUUCUUCAUGGUCAUGAAGGGAGCUGGGGAUGCUGUCAGGCAACACUGAGGACAAGACAGAGAACUGAAGAGUUUGAUGUUCUGUGGGGUGGGGUGGGAAGGGUCCUUUAAACUGGAAGACAGACACUGGACUGGAGAAAACGCACAUAGCGGUUCACUGGAAAGUUAGUUUGCACUUAACUUCUGAUUUUAUUUGAACUGUUUUCUGGAUUUUGAAUGAAGCAAUAUGGAAGUGACCAGCAAAAUACAAAAUAAUAAUUUUAAAUUAAAAAAGAAAUAUAAAUUAUUUGUAAAGGAUGACUGUGGAAAUGCCAAAAUGAAGCAAAUCAAGUCUUUGGAACAAUGUCUGCCACUUCUGAGAGGCCGAUGCAGUGACUGCUUCAGAGAAUACAGUGAGAGAGCAGCCAGUUCUUCCUGCUGCUCUAUGAAGGACAGCAGAGCAAGCCUGGAAAGGAUCAGGGGAGGCAAAUGUCCUGCUCUGGCUCACAGCACAGUACAGAAUAUCAUUUUUCUAAAAGGAGGAUUACUCUGGCACAGAAGACAGUGCAUAUGAGGUUUGAGAAGUCAAAACAUGCAUGAUUUGCAGAGCUUUCUGUCAAAAAUGUAAAUAAGUAUGAGUCAGUCUCCUUGCACUUAGUUCUGCUUUUAUCAACCUCAGUUUUUAGGUAGACACCCCCUGACCUGCUCCUCUUUGGAAAUCUCUUUCAAACCAGAGUUCUGGACGUUUUUAGUGAUCUGGGGCAGAUGGAGCUGGGAGAGGAGGUGCAAGGGCCCGAGACACCAAGGCUUGCUCCUGGCACACCAACACUGUGUGUGUAAGAGCAUUUGUGUGCCUGCUUCCCACCAAACAUCUUAAGGAACCUUUGGAGAUCUUCCUGUCUCUAUCCAUCAAAGCUUUUAAAGGGAAGAAACCAUACCUGGUGGAUGGCAAUCUUGGGUGAUGCAACAGUGUUUAAGUUUAUGAGCUCCAGCUCUGUUAGGGCUGAGAUCUUUGGGGUGACCUAACCUGGCAACAAAACCAGCAACAACCAGUGGUCUGGAAAUGGCAUCACCCUCCCCUAAAAUCCUGCCAUUCCAACAGCUUCCACCUUUAGUCUUGGGGAACAUGAAGGGCAUAAGAAACAAGCAAUAGCUACCUGAAGCUAAUUAGUAGGUCAGCUUGACAAAGGUGUGAAAAGAUGUUAAACCUGGCUUGGUUGUUAACCUUGUAGAUGGAAAGCAAACUGUGACCACAAGGCUGGUUCAGCUGUUGGUGCACCAGGCGUGUCCAGGUGUGCAUUGAGUACAUAGCUGGAGGUUCUGAAAGCAGCAACAACAGGCACAGAUCUCUGAGCUGGUAUAAGGAGAUCUUGGGUCAAGUGGUACCGAGGUGGUUGGUGGUGAUAUGACCUGUCGUGGGAUAGAUGGAUACAAUCCUGCACUGAGCACUCUGGUGCCUCUGGUAGCUCCUCACCAUCUUAGGGGACAGGGGCAUGUGCUGGGGCACACGAGGGCCUGGGUGGCUGCUCCAGGGAAGGUUUGCCCACAGCACGCUCACAGGGUGUGCAGGCAGGGUCUGCCAGGCUGGGACAAUGCUGCCAAGCUGCCUGGGGACAGAGACCAGCACAGGAACGUCGGUGUCCUGUUUCAGCAGUACCAUAGGUAGGUGGAGAAAGGUUAAUUUGUCCCUGAACAGGUCUUGUAACAGAGUAACUCCUAAUGGAGAAAAAAUAUAAAAUAAAAUGCUGGCAACAUGUCAGCAUGGAGCUCACAUGUUUGAAUUCAGAGAUGAGCUCAAAGGCUGCUGGGGCAGAGGCAGGCACACCUCCAGAGCCAGGCAGUGGGAUGGAGCUGCUCACACAAGGUGAGGCCUGUUUGUUCCUCUGGUAAUGAAGUAGUGCUCAUGUUAGAAACAAGCCCAUGGAGUAAUCCAAAUGUAAAUACAGGUGGGGUUUAACAAUUUAACGUUUUCUUUCUUACAAGGCUUGAAUUAUUUAUUAAUUUUAUUUGUUGACUGUGGGUGUGCUAUAAUAUAUUAAGUAGCAUGGAAAUGCAGAGGUUCCUGCAGGUGGGACAGCAGGAAAGCUGGAACAGGAGCUUGGGCUCUGCCUGGCAGCCAGGAUGAGCCACGCAGAGCCAUGCUAGUGGGGUCUGGGAUAGCAGAGGACAGGCAGAGGCUUCAUGAACACAGUGAUUCGGGAUGAGGGAGAGCUCCACACACUGCAGCUUCUCAAUUUAAUUUUUUUUACUAUUUUCUGAGCUUAUGAUUUGAGUUGCAGUUGCCAAAACUGACCCUUGAGUUUCCGUGCUGUGCCAGUCACCCCUUGCCCAACAGAUGGGCCUGUGUGGUGCUGAGGCUGCUGGUGACCCAACCCAGAGAGCAGCAGAUGUCUGAACCCUGCCCCUUUCCUCUGCAAGAGAAGUUCUGAGCUCAGCUGGCAGGUUUUGCCUCUUUGCAACAGAUAGUUUAAUCAUGGCUAAAGAAAAAAGAAAGGAAAACUGAGAGCAGAAUUGUUUGGCUGCUUUAAUUCCAGCAGAAACUCCUGGCUGUCCCUAACUCAUAUAAUUGCCCUACUAGGUAUUGCUGCUGGUUUGGGGAAAGAACUUGGGCAAGUGCACAUGGCAAAAUCAUGGCAAGCAUUCAGCUGGGAUUCAUAUGGGAUGAAAGAUGAGAGCCGUGGUAUUUAAUGCAGGUUUGGGGGGAAAGCACAUAUAUCCACACACAAACUGCAUUUUGUCAGCACAAAGCAGCAGGUGCGGAUACCAACAGAAUGUGAUUCACUCCCUAGUGCUACAGAGGUGUCUGGUUAGGUUUUGUGGAUUUUAGAAUGCAAUCUCCUGUUUAUAAAUGUUCUGUUUCCUCCUGUCAUGGCCCGUGUCACAGGAGAGCAGUGACCAACUUUUCAAGAGCACGUUUUUACCUGAGUGUGGAUCAGCCAUUAUCCAAGGCACAAAGCAACCUGCUAAAGGAAAGAGAACAACAUUUAUUAUUUCCUCCUGAUCUCUUUCAGUGUCACUUGUCCUAGCUGUUAUUACCUACCUGAGGGUUACUGCAAGCAGAUGCUGGGGCCGAUUCACUCACUGUAACAUAAUUGGCUGAUACCAACUCCUUUUACAUUUACUUCUUCAGAUCUUUUCAGAUUUUUCUUUUUCUGCAAAACAGCCAGGAGGGAUUUUUUUACAUGGCCAUUGGCUCAGGUGUGGCAGAGUAUUUAUAACUGUAUUUAUAACUAAUAUUUCAAACAGGUUAUCUCUCUCAGGUAGCAAGAGAUGGAAAUAAAUCUGCAGUAGGAGCUACCAUGUAGGUCUGUUUGAGGUACCCUGAAAUCCUUUUCUGUGUACAAAGAAAUGCUGUAUUACCCCUGGAUGUACCACGUAGUUGGUAGAAAAUGUGCUUCUUGACUGCAAGGCUCAUAUGCAAUGAUCUGACACCUGUUUCCACUAAAGAUCUCACCCUCAGCCACCACCAAGCCUGGCCCAGGAGGAAGGGAAAUAGCAGCUCUGGAAGAGCAGCUCAGCCCUGACACUGUGGAUCCACUCUUUCCAUAGCUUUUAGGUAGAGCUGGGCAGCACAGGGGAGAAGUAUGAGUUGUGAGGUGAGUCAGCCUAGAAAUACAGCUUGGUUUUGGGGAUGGAAAAUCAAAUACUAAAGAAAAAGAUCUAUUUUUGUCUAAUGGUGUCUGUGUAGGUGUUGCACAUCAUGGUGGCAGCUAACAGAAUUAUGGGAUUGUUUGAGUUCCUUUAUUCCAUCUGGGAGAUGUGGAGACAAGGCAGAAUGAGGCUGUUGGUCAUGUAAUUCCCCAGGAUAACUGGAGGCAUCCCCAUGAGCUGUGCUUCCCUGGCAGUCCUGGAACCCUGGGCAGGCAUGUCCUUACAGAAGGGACAGCCCCCACAGGGACACACAGGGACACUCCCACUGCAGCCUGCCAGCCCUGUAGGGAGGAAGGAAUGGGAGCACCAGAAGUGCCCUGGGUGGUUCCCAUGAGUCAAGGUUGGCUGCUCCCACCCUGGCUUCCCAAGUGCAUUUCAGAACUGUGGAGCUCAGACAGGUGUUUACAUGCUUGGAAGGAUGCUUGGCUUGAGGGUGGCUGGUGAAACAGAGGCUUUAGAAUAAUGGGAGCCAGGCCUGCAGUUUUCAGUCACCCCUUUGGUGGCACCUCAGAGGGGAUGAUGUCACCACAAUGUCCCUUUGGCAAGGCUUUUUCAAAAGGUGGAGGCACAUGAAGUCUCUGUACCUGCUCAUUUCCAGCUGUCACUUGCUGUGGUCUCACUCCCGUGGAUCUUCACCUCUGCUGCUGACAAAACAGCUCAUCUGGGGUUAUGCAAAAAUCUUGGAUUUGGGUUCAGAUUGUUUUUCUAGGUAGGGUGGCUGGCUCUAGUGCUUAUGUUCAUAAGCAGGGAACUGCAGUUGUCCCACAGAGUAGCCUCAGUGAAUCACCACUGUCUGUGCAGGAUUCCCUCUCUUUUAUUUUCUGCCUGUUGCUAAGCAUUUCUUAUAAAGGUGGAAAAGGUCACUGUUACAAAUGAGGCUUUCAGACUGGAAACAAAUAACAAAAAUAAAGCUAUGUGGUUAGAAGGACCUCUCUAAAAUGUCCAAAAAUCAUGUCUCCAUGUUAGUUCUAAUGUUAUUUUAGUACAAUUUUGUUUUGCCACUGUGUGGAUUGGUGGUUUGUUCCAAUGGUAGGCUCCUUGCUCUUGAGGAGAGGCUGAGGUUGGUGCUGCUGCAGUGAUGGCUGGGAUCUUCCUGUAAGUUUGGACAAUGCAGAGCACUUUUUAGGGAACUCUGUGGUUGUUCAGGUCUGACUGAUGGUGGUGGGACUCAGUGGAGAUUGAACUGUGGCCAGUCUCAUCUCCUAACCAGAGCCAGAGGGACACCUUCUGCCCAGCGUGUCCUCCAGACGGGGUCUGGGGCAGCAAUACAGGAAAAAGUGUGAGGGGGAAGCCCAAGGACAUCCCCAUAGGAAAAAGUGUGAGGGGGAAGCCCAAGGACAUCCCAAUAGUGGAAUCAAAGCUGGAUUAUUUUAAAUUUUUCUUAUUAUAGAUGAGCUUUGUGGACCUUGGCAGAGAGAGGUUUUAAGGGGAGUUUUGUAAGGUGUUAGGCAGUGUGAGUAGUUCUGUCCCAGUUCUUCUCCCCUCACCAAUAAAAAAGCCAUGAAAUCACGCUCCAGCAGUGUUGUGGAUGACCCCUUCACCUGCUGUGAAGGUGAAUCCUGCCCAGCACCCUCAGGCUGCUGGCUCAGGUGUGACCAGGGCCACAGGGACAGGGGCCAUGGGCUGUCACCGAGCACCGUUUGCCAGCAGUUUGGUCCCCAGCCCAACCUUUGAGCUCUCCUAGGGGGGAAACACUGUAUUGUCCAUAGCACUCUGAAGACUAAACCCUUUUGGGAUAACCACAGUAGGGAACUGUGACUGGUAUUUUCUAAGUGUAGAUAUGUAUGCUGUUCUUUCGAGGUAAGGUACUCUGACAUAUGUAGCAUAAACUGGUCCUGCUGUUAAAUGGGUCGAUUAUUAACUGAGCAGCUGUGUAGGGGGUAGCUAACUUUGAAUGCAUGAAAUCACUGUUCCUCUGGAUUUGGGAUGGGAGGUAGUACUGGCUGCUUGUGGGGGUACUUAGGGUGGGGUAAUGCAAGAGGGAAAUGCAGGUGAAUGAGAAAACUGGGAAUUUUUUAUAGCAUUUUAAAGAUGGAAAUCGGUACCCAUUUGAUACAUUAUUCACAAUUGUUUUAAUCCCUUCUUUUGCCCAGUUUUUGCUACUUCCCCAAUAUUGUAAGCUGGAAUUGCUAAACAGGUAUCUGGGAAGGGAAACUGAGGGGAAAAGAAGUCUCUUUCUAAGAACAGAGAUAGCCAAAUUUCAUUUCCUGACCUGGUGGUCUUGAACCACUGACUUUUCAGAAAAGGCUCCAAUUCAGGCCCAGGGUAUGACAUUACUGUCCCCUUGGAAUCAAAGGCUCCCACCUGGCAGGUGACACUGGGACAGCACCGAGCUCCUGGUGACUCCUGAUGAUGCUGCCUGCAUGGCCCAGCCCGGAGGAACCAGCAGCACACACAGGUGGGGUGGUCUGGGUUCCUGUCAAUCCUCCACCUUCUGGAAGAGCCACAACAUCAAACAACAAUGCUUCUGCCUUAUGAAGUACCUUCAGAAGAAGAGAAGUGUCAGCAAGUUGGGGAAGACACUCAUUUCUUGCAAAGUGAUGCAUUCAGAGUUAGCUGCCUUUCUGAAACAAAAAAAAAAAAGAAAUUCAAUACCUACUGUAUGUUACUUUGAAAAUGUGAAUAGUAUUUUUAUAGCUUGUUAAAGACACAGCUAGUUGCAUUUGUAAAUAAGGAUAAUGUUGCUUUUAUUUUCCUUGUGGACACCAUUGUUUGGAACAUAAUUGUCCUUAGGGUUGAUUUGUAUAUAGGUAAUUUGCUUGUGAUUUAAGCCGCUCCUCCCCUUUCCUUUCUGUCCCUUCCCACCCUCUGGUUUUGGUUAGAGGUACCAUUUUCAGCAUUCUGUGUGAUUCCGUGUUUUAGCACUGUUGUGGUGUGUUCAGACUUUCUGCACUUGCUUACACAGUAGGGUAUGCCAAUCGUGUGUGGCGUAAUGUUACUUUAACCUUUCCUUUCUCAUAUUUUAGCUGUUGGGAAUUAUACACUGUUAAAAUAAUUACUGACCUGGGUUAAUAUUAGGUACAUAUUUUAGCAUAAUUUCCCUUCUUUUCAUGGUUUCUCGGGUUUUUUCUUUUUGUUUUUUUCCUUUCCCUUCCCUUUUGUCUUGUUUGGAAGCUGGGAAGAAACCUGUGGAUCUUCUCUUUGUGUGGUUCUAUUCCCCACUCCCGUGUGCAGCCCAGAGUUUCUCCUCAUGGUCCGUGGGGUAGAGCUUUAUCUGUUUGUUAAGGCAAAUGUAGACUGCGACCCACCUUGCAUCAACCCACGCUCAUCCCAGCUGAACAAUUUGAAAACUGUUCUGCCUUUUUGUUACAUGAAUCUGUCAGAAAUAUAUUUUUAAUUUAAUAUAAAUGAAAUUCAAUAAAAUAUGAAACAAA